ACAUUAUUUGCAACUAAAAAAGUGCCUCAAAACUGAACGCAACAACAACUAUGCUUCUUCCAUCCACCAUGUUUCUCCUUAAUGCAAUAGCGUAAUCAGCAUGCAAAAGAAAGAUGAUCCUUGAAGCAUACAAUAGCAGAAAAAGCAUGCAACAAAAACAAAUUUAUUUAUACAAUUAUCACUUAUUAACCUACAUUAAAAAACAAAAUAAAAAUCUCUCAAAUUUCCCUUUUAUUCUUACUCAUUGAAUCCCUUGCUUUCAAACUUGAAUAACACAAACAUAUCCUAUUAUAUCUUAUCCAUCAUUGCUCGUUGUUGAUGCCGUUAAGAAACCUUUAACUUCCUCACAUUUUUUAUUCUGUUUCCUUCUUCAACCCCCUAUAUAAAUCAUCCUCUGCUUUUCUCUGUUUCAUCAAACUUCCAUUCAAUUAAUCAAUCCAAACAAACAAACAUGACUAAUAAGAAGCUAUUGUUGAUUUUUCUAUCUAUUGCUUUGGUUCUUGAAUUAUCUGAGAGCUUCGAUUUCCAUGACAAAGAUGUGUCCUCGGACGAAAGCUUGUGGGACUUAUACGAGCAAUGGAGGAGUCACCACACGGUUUCUCGCAACCUAGACGAGAAACACAAGCGCUUUAACGUGUUCAAAACAAAUGUGAUGCAUGUACACAACACCAACAAAAUGGAUAAGCCUUAUAAGUUGAAACUUAACAAGUUUGCUGAUAUGACCAACCAUGAAUUUAGGUCUACUUAUGCUGGAUCAAAGGUUAAUCACCACAGAAUGUUCCGAGGCACACCUCGUGGAAAUGGUACCUUCAUGUAUGAGAAUUUUAACAACGCUCCUCCUUCAGUCGAUUGGAGGAAGAAAGGUGCUGUUACUGCUGUCAAGGAUCAAGGCCAAUGUGGUAGUUGCUGGGCUUUUUCAACAGUUGUAGCUGUUGAAGGCAUAAACCAAAUAAAGACAAAUAGGCUAGUGCCCUUGUCUGAACAAGAGCUUAUAGAUUGUGAUACUAAAGAAAAUCAAGGCUGCAAUGGUGGCCUAAUGGAAUAUGCUUUUGAGUACAUCAAGCAAAAAGGUGGUUUAACAACAGAAACCUACUACCCUUACGAAGCAAAUGAUGGAUCAUGUGAUGCAACAAAGGAAAAUGUCCCAGCUGUGUCAAUUGAUGGCCAUGAGAAUGUUCCGGCUAACGAUGAAGAUGCACUGCUCAAAGCUGUUGCCAACCAACCUGUAUCCGUAGCCAUAGAUGCCGGGGGAUCCGAUUUCCAGUUCUACUCUGAGGGAGUAUUUACCGGUAAUUGUGGCAAAGAGCUAGAUCAUGGUGUAGCAAUAGUAGGAUAUGGAACAACGGUUGACGGAACAAAUUACUGGAUUGUGAGAAACUCGUGGGGAGCUGAAUGGGGAGAACAAGGUUACAUCAGAAUGCAAAGGAACGUAUCUGAGAAGGAAGGACUAUGUGGCAUAGCUAUGGAGGCUUCCUACCCAAUCAAAAACUCUUCCAAAAAUCCAACAGGACCUAUAUCGUCAUCUAUUAAGGAUGAGCUUUGAAGGAUUCACAUAAAAAUAAAAAUGUAGCUUUCAUCAAUGUGUGAUGUUGUUUUCUACUGUAAUAUUUGAAUCUUAGAUUUGAUGCCAAUGUAUUAUUUGGAUAUUUAUGCUUUUAUUAUCUCAUAAAGAAAUAACUGCAUGCAAUUUAUCAUGUAUGUAAUGUAAUUUCCUUCAUUCCCUGCAAUUGAACUGUCUCAAAACAUACAUUCAAUUGGAGUAUAGAUUGAAAUAUAUUUUUUGAA